AUGCCAACUGAUCGAACAACGACACUUGUCGCACCAGUAGCUUCAAAUAAUGUUCGACGUCGAUCAUUCUAUCGUUCAUUUGUUCAAUUUCUUUUUUCAAAUCUUGGCUUAGUUAUUGUUGUUUUCGCAUAUAGUGCUGCUGGAGCUUUUCUUUUUAUCUUACUCGAACAAUAUAUUGAAUUACAAAAUUGUCAACAAGGCAAUUUAAGUGAAAAUAUUUCAAUUUUAAAUCUUUCGGAAACAAUCUAUAACGAUGUUGCUCUUCAAAAUGACAAUACAACAGUCUUGUAUACAAAAAUUACUUAUUAUUUAACUAAUUUUACGGAUGAAAUUUAUUCACGUCGAACGACAUUACGUUAUUCAGGACAAAAUUGUGCGAAUACAUCAGGUUGGAGUUACACUUCAGCUUUACUUUUUACAAUAACUGUUAUAACAUCGAUUGGUUAUGGACAUAUAACGCCAACAUCGUGGGAAGGACAAAUAACGUGUAUUUGCUAUGCAUUAAUUGGUAUACCAAUAUUUCUUCUUUGUUUGUCAAACAUAAGCUCAGUACUCGGUGAUAUAUUUCGGUUUAUGUAUUCGGGUUUGCUUCAUUGCUUUUGUUGUGCAUGUCGAAUUUAUACACGCAAUCGUCGUCGUGUCAACCGUCAAAGUCGUCUGAGUAAACUACAAGAUUCACAUGGAAUUGAUUACACAGGUGCACCAACCAUUGAUCCAUGUUGGCCAGAAGCGAAUCGUCGUACUGCUGGAAAAUUGAGUGAUGAAGAUGAAAAUGAUUGUGACGACUACGAUGAUGAUGAUGAUGAUGAUGAUAAAGAUGACAUAUGGAGUCGAAUGGAAAGUCGUGUACCAUUUGGAGCAGUUAUUUUAAUCAUUAUUGGUUAUAUUUAUUUAGGCGCAGUUAUGUUUAGUAAAUUUGAAGGUUGGACAAUGAUUGAAUCAGUUUAUUUUUGUUAUAUUACUUUAUCAACCAUUGGCUUUGGUGAUUACGUGCCCGGUGUAACGUCCAGUUCAGGAGCCGGUGUCCGUUUUUUGCUUGCUUGCAUUUAUAUUUUAUUUGGUUUGGCAAUCUUAGCAAUGUGUUUUGAUUUAAUCAAAGAAGGUAUUGUUGAUAAAUUUCAUUGGUGUGCAAAUAAACUUGGUAUUAUUGCAACUGACGACGAUCAAAUCGAUGAAGAUCGUACACGAUAUGCAAAUUUUGAAUACGAUUCAUCGAAUCAAGCCCAAACACCACCAAUUCAAAAUAAUAUCAAGCGGUUAAAUGAUGAAACAAAAUCGAAUAGUACUGUUGUUCCAUGUGAUUACAAUGAUGAAACAUGGAUAAACAAUAUUCGAGAUAAACCAGAACCAACAUCAGUAAAUAGUAAAAAUAAGAAGGAAAUGAAAAUAGAUGAUGAAAAACGUUAG